GGUACACAGCAACUGCAAAAUCAAAUCAAGGGUUAAAGAAUCUGAUAAACCUGAAGGCAACUGGUGUGUGGAAAAGGUAUUUAAAUGCAAAACUUGUGACAAUUGUUUUACACAAAAAGGACACCUUCAAAUACAUGAAAGAUCCCACACAGGAGAGGGUCAUACCAGUGCAAAUUUUGUGACAAGUGGUUUGCUUCAACAGGAAAUCUAAAAUCACAUGAACAAUCUCACACAGGAGAGAAACCAUACCAGAGCAAAUCUUGUGAGAAGUGUUUUGAACAUAAAAAAGAUCUUAAGAGUAUAUGAAAGAUCCCAUACUGGAGAGAUGCCAUAUCAGUGCAAAACUUGUGAUAAGUGCUUUACUGCAAAGGGAAGUCUUAGAAUACAUGAAAGAUCCCAUACUGGAGAGAAGCCAUACCAGUGCAUAUCUUGUGAUAAGUGUUUUAAACAUAAAAAAAGUCUUAGAGUACAUGAAAGAUCCCACACUGGAGAGAAGCCAUAUCAGUGCAAAACUUAUGAUAAGUGUUUUAAACAUAAAAACGAUCUUAGAGUACAUGAAACAUCUCACACUGGAGAGAAACCAUACCAGUGCAAAUCUUGUGAUAAGUGUUUUAAACAUAAAAAAGAUCUUAAAAGACAUGAAAGAUCCCACACUGGAGAGAGGCCAUAUCAGUGCAAAACUUGUGAUAAGUGUUUUACUCGAAAGGACUGUCUACAAGUACAUGAAAGAUCCCACACUGGAGAGAGGCCAUAUCAGUGCAAAACUUGUAAUAAGUGUUUUACUACAAAGGGAAUUCUUAGAAUACAUGAAAGAUCCCACACCGGAGAAAAGCCAUAUCAGUGCAAAACUUGUGAAAAGUGUUUUGCUCGAAAGGGACAUCUACAAGUGCAUGAAAGAUCCCACACCGGAGAGAAGCCAUACCAGUGCAAACCUUGUGACAAGUGGUUUACUGAAAAAGGAAGUCUACAAAAACAUGAAAGAUCGAAGAUACAUUUUCGAGUGGUUGGAAGAUCCCACACUGAAGAGAAGCUGUACCAGUGCAAAACGUGUGAGAAGUGUUUUACUCGAAAGGGAACACUGCGAAAACAUGAAAGAUUGCACUUUGAACUGCAGCCAUAUUCUUCAGACCACGAUGAAAGAUUUACUUGCUGGAUUUGCCAGGAGGAACUGAGCAGUGCUUCCCAACUCCUUAGCCACUACGAUGAACACAUGAAGUUGCCUUCAGUUGAUAUUCUUGUUGACCAGCCUAUCUGAUUUGCUUUCGGCUGAUUCGCACAUAUCAAUAUAGACUGAAACCUAAUA